AUGACAUCAGUACAAGACAGAUUGAAAUUAAAAAGAUCUUAUGAUAAUUGGACUACACGUGAACAGUUAUAUUUGGCUUCAAGUGUAUUGAAAUCAGGAGAUCAAAACUGGAUGAGUGUAUCAAGAUCAUUAAAAGCAGUUGUUGAAAAAGCAUCAAGACCAUCUGAUUGGUUUUCUCAAAAAUCUUGUGCUAUUCAGUAUGCAUAUUUAUUAGAAAAUGCAGAUACACCUAAAAGAAAAAAAAGAGAAAGUGGAGAAACAACAGGUGAAUCAAUAGUAAGAAGAUUAACACAAGAAAGGAUAACUGAAUUAGGACAAAUGUUAGCUUUUCAAAGAGAAGAAUAUCAACAACUUAAAACUGAAAUAAAUAUGUUAAGAUCUGGAUCAAUAACAGAUGAUAAAUUAAAUAAGAUGUGGCUUGCAAUUGAACAAGAAGAACGAGAACAAGAACAAAAAGCAAGAGCACAUUCUGCAUGGUUAGCAAAACGUCAACAAAAACAAGAAUUAAAUUCACCACAAACAGUAUCUAAUAUAAGUCAACGUAAAUCUAGUGAAAAUACAGUAGAAAUUCAAGAAACAAUAGAAAAUGUAGAGGAAGAUGAAAAGAAAGCUAGAGGAGGAAGAUCACCAUUGUUAACAAGUCUAUUAAAAUCACCAAGUCCAACAACACAAAUUCAAACAUCAACUACUACAGGACAAAUAAGUUCUCCUACAAUUACAAGUCUACUUGGUUCUAGCCCUAAAGUACCAAGUUCUCAAUUAACACAAAAUGUAUCUCCUCAAUUGCAUCAAUUAGUUACAUCCUCAAUUUCAAAUGUACUACCAGAAAGACCAUCAGUUGGUGCACCAACUUUAUCUAUGUUAUUAGAAAUGCCAGCUAAUACACAAAGAGGUCCUUUACCUAAUUUACAGUCAACACCAACUAUUGUACCUCAACAAAAUGUAACUGAAAUUCACAAUUGUCAAUCUCAAUCUAUACAUCAAGUAACAGUACAAAAUGAAACAUCUGUACCUCAAUCUUUAAUAACAACUCCAAAUAUUACAUCUACAGAAAGUAUGGUACAGAUUAUAGAUCAUAUAGAUGAUGUAAUACGUAAAGAUAUAAUGGCAGAUGUAAUAGAUAAAGAUGAAAUUAAUGAAAUUAUUGGAGAUAUAGAAGAAUUAAUAAAAGAAGAAAUUACUGGUAGUCCACAAGCUUUAGAUACAGCUACAUCAACCAUUAAUACUCUUACUGUACCUCAAAUUCAAGAAGUACCAGUAAUAACAGAACGUCCAGAACCUAGAGAUGUAGAUGAAACUGUAUCACUUUCUAAUUCACCAGAAAGUGAAAUGGCUAUUGAAGAAAUCGAUUCUAGUACAUCAAAUAUUGCAGAAAUUAUAGGAACAGUUGCUAUAGAACCACAAGAACCCAAAGUUAUUGUGACUGAAAUAUCUGAAACCAUAACAAAUACAUCAGAAGAAGUAAAAUCUGAAGAAAGUACAUGUUUAGAAAGAGUGGCAUUAAAAGAAGAGCUUGUUCCUGAAUUAAAUACUCAAGAUGGUGAAAACAGUAAAGAUACUCCAUUAGAAGAAAAACAAAUAGGUGAUGAAUUUGAUACUAUAGAUUCUACUUCAAAUGUAGAAACUGAAGAAAAUGAUUCAAAAAUAGUUACAAAAGAGCUAGUGGAUGAAAUAGCAGAAGAUGAAGUUGAAGAAGAAGAAGAAACUGAAAUAGUUGUACCAGAAAUUAAAGAAUGUUCUACUAAUAAAUUACAAAGAGUAUCUUCUAAUGAAUUAGAAAAUAAAGAUAAUAUGGAAUUGGAUCAAUUAGAAAUGCAUCUUGCUAAAAUUACUGGAGAACAGCAAGAUGUUCCAUCAGCAGAAGUUGUUAGUGUUUCAUCUGAAGUAACAAAUGAUCUUCCUAGUACAGAAGAUACAGAAAAAUCACAAGAUAUUAGUUUAAUUUUAGAAGAUGAUGAAAGUAGUUCAGAUGAUAAAAAGAAAAUAACAGAAGAACAGAUUAUAGAAAAUACAAUUGAAAGUACAGAAUCUAUUGAAUCAUUCAAAGAAGAACCUAUAAUUGUAAUAAAAGAAAAAACUAUUAUAGAAGUAAGUGAAGAAUCACCAGAAAAAUCUCAAGAACAAACAGAAGAAGCUUUAGAAAUUUAUACAGAUGAAUUUAAAAAAGAAGAUACAAAAGAUUCUUCAGAAGAUACAACAAGUUCUAUUUUACAAGAUAUAGAAAUAAAAGAAGAAGAAAUAGAGGAAACAGCAAUUGUAGAAGAUUCUACUCAGUUGGUGUCUCCUGAAGAUAUAAGUUUAAAAAUAGAAUCUGUAGAUCCUAUUAAUACUGAUACUUCUAUUGUUAAAAAAGAAGAAAAUACAUAUGAAGAUUCAAGAAUGGAAGAAGAAACAAAAAUUCAAUUAGAAAAUUCAUUAAUAUUAGAAGUGAAAAAAGAAGUUCAAAUAAAAGAAGAAAAGGAAGAGAAAAAAAAUAUAGAUAUUGAGCAAAAUGUAAAAAAAGAAUCAGAAUCUAUAAUAAGUGCUGGAGAAGAUACUGUUGAAUUAGAUGAAGAGGAAUCAUCAUUAAGCAAGUUAAGUGGAGGUCGUGCUAUGAAAACAUAUUCAAAAAAACAAAAUGCUUCUAUUGAUAGUGAACCUGAAACUGAAGGUACUGGAGAAGGUGCAGAUUAUAGAGCAUGGAAAAAAGCAGUCAUGUUGGUUUAUAAUCGACUUGCUACCCAUAAAUAUGCAUCUGUUUUUUUGAGACCUAUUACAGAAGAUCAAGCACCAGGAUACCAUUCAGUUAUUUUUAGACCUAUGGAUUUAUCUACUAUUAAAAAAAAUAUAGAUAAUGGCACAAUUAGAUCUACAAUGCAUUUUCAACGUGAUGUUAUGUUGAUGUUUCAAAAUGCCAUUAUGUAUAAUAAACAUGAUACAUUUAUUUAUAAAAUGGCAGUUUCAAUGCAGGAAGAAUGUCUGCAGCAUAUGCAGAUAUUGGUGCAAGUUACAGGAGAAGGAACACUCAGAAGAGAAACAAGAACUGCAGCAAGUAGUAGUAAUGAAGCUAAUGAAAGUAGCAUAAAAAGAAAACGAAGUCACAUCACUCCAAGUCCACAUGAUACAGAUAGUCCGCGUUCUAAAAAACGUAGAAAAUCAGAAAAUGAUUAGGACAUUUUCUUGUUUAUAGGUAUAUAUAAAUGUAUGUGUGUGCGCACGCGCGCAUGCGUGUGUGGUGUGUAAUUUGAUAUACAUUAAAAUUCUCAAGAGCUUUGUUGACAAAUGUGAAAGAAAGGAUAUAUCUGUUAACAUU